AAAAAUGGAACUCAACCGAGAACAUUUUCGCGCCAUAAUAUAUUACAACUUUCAGAGACAAUUAUCGCAACAAGAAUUGCUGACGCCACAUCAGUCGACAAUUUCCCGUUGGUAUGGAGAAUUCAAACGUAGACGGGUGAGUCUUAGCGAUGAUCCCAGGGUGGGUGCACCAAAAACGGCAGUCACCCAAGAAAACGUCGAUGCUGUGCGCAAACUCAUCAUUGAAGAUAGACAUGUGACAUAUCGCGAGAUUGAGGCAAAAUUAGUCCCUCGUUGGAUACCCCACCUGUUGACUGAAGAGCAGAAAGCAGCCAGGGUUAAUUGGUGCCUAAAAACGCUUGACCGUUUCAAUUCCGGAAACUCAAAAAAUGUGUACAGCAUUGUUAGUGGUGACGAAUCGUGGAUUUACUGUUAUGAACCAGAAAAUAAACGACAGUCGGCCGAAGAAAAGCCAACAAAAGUUAUCCGUUCUCGAAGUGUUUCGAAAAAGACAUUUGUGUCAAAAACGGGUCAUAUUGCAACAAUUAUUCCUCUUAUUGAGCAAAGAACUAUUACUGCGGAUUGGUAUACCACCACUUGUUUGCCAGAAGUCAUCACCGAGCUUCGAAAAAUCAACCCCGAAAGAAGAAUCAUCCCCCACCAAGACAAUGCAAGCUCGCACAGCCCAAAAAACAAGGCAUCCCGAUCUAGACUGCGUGGUCAAAGGUUCCAGUCACCAGAAGAAGCAGUUGACGCAUUCAAAAAAGCCGUUUUGGAUCUGCCAGCAAACGAGUGGAAUAAGUGCUUCGAAAAUUGGUUCGAGCGCAUGCAGAUGUGUAUUAUUCUUCGUGGAGAAUACUUCGAAAAACAAUAA